UUCAUAUAUAUGUAAGGGGAUGCACGUGCAAUUUUGCAAAAGCUUUAGUCCAGUCGGAAGCAGUGUUGUUCUAUCGAUCGAUUAAUAAAAAUUGCCUUUACUGGUCAUUUUAAUGUUUUUUUUUUCUUAUUCUACACAAAAUGAAUUGUUUUUGGGCUACUUUGCUGCAUACGUGAGCAUCUUUGAAUAAAGAUACUUUACUGUGCUUUGCUGCGAUGUUUCCUAUUUACAAUGUAUUGUAACAACCGCACAAAGGACAGUGAAGGCAGAGACCCGCACAAUCAGAUGGCAGUUUAUACACGAUUCUUUAUUGCUUGUUAAAAUAUGGCAUUAUCUCAUAAAACAGAUUACCCCCCUUGUUUGCCAAAAUUGGCCCACAUACAAAACGGACGAGCUCACGUCAGGCGAGGAGGAUACACAGGAAAUCUUCAAUUAUCAGUUUAUGAGUCCACCUAAUCAGCUUCUGCAAUCUCUGUACUAUCUCAAACAGUUACAUCGAUCAUGAGCUCUCCUAGCCCAAAGUAAUAUCCCUAGCUUCCUAACACAUUUACCCCACCACUGACUGCCUACACUCUAAAAAAUGUUGGGUUAUUUUUUCUACCCAACCGCUGGGUUAAGUCUGUUGGGUCAUUUUAUUGGGUUAUUUUCUCAGUGUUGGGUAGUUUUUAGUGUAACCCAGCCGCUGGGUUACCAGUUGGGUAAAUUUUAGUGACAGUUGACACAGUGAACCCCUCCCCCUCCUCGACGCCUCAACUCUACCUUCGCGCCGCGGGCAUUUUGAAUCACCUCAGGAGUCGAGAGCCAUCGUUUUUCAGCGAGGACAGCUGUUAUUCGGAGAAAAAAGGGAAGCAUGGUUCAGCCCUGGACGAAGCCAUCGUCCAGCUACUGGAUUUCUGGAGGAACGCUUGCGAAAUGUCAGGAAGAGAACCCGUCGUGAAAACUGCACAAGCCGUGAGAAAGAGGAUUCUCAAGCCAUAAGCAGCACCUUGGUUAUACCAGAGCCAAGUAUUUCACCUGACAGAGCAGUACAACUUGCAGAAUGGCUUAAAAAUAAUAUAUGGCCAGCUAACCAAGUUGCAGAUUACAUGAAAGAAACAGCCAUCCACAUGGCUCAGUGGAUAAGAGCUAACGGGACAAAAUCUAUCGAGGAAAUAACUUGUGAAUUCCCUCGACUCCUUGAUACGCCAGGCAUGAUUUCACAAGACUUCUCUGUAUUAUUCCCCGACCACGCAGAGAGACUUUUCCAAACUUGGAAAAUGAGUUUCAAAGACAAAAUCCUUUGCUUUGCCAGCCAGGAGAAAAAGGCGCAGGAGCUUCUCCAGAAUUUAGACAGUUUGUCUCCAGAAGUCCAAAGUGACGUUGCACUCAGGCUGCUUCCUGUAAUACUGCCCACCCCUGUCUACAAAAAAGGGAUGAAAAUGUUCAAACCAAGCUUGGAAGAAAAUAUCAAGUCUUUCAUUGAAUUCAAGCAUGUUGGGACCAACAUGGUUGAAUUUUUGAAGGAGGCAGAGCUCACUAAACCCUUCCCCUUUGUCCUUGGUCUUGGGGAUGACAGUCAAUGCCAUCAAGCCUUUGUAGUUGUUGGCAAACAGGCACUGCAUCAAAACACACUCCUUGGUGCUGUGGACACAUGCUUUAAAUUUUUUUAUGUUUUAGACAUCCAUUUCCCGAAGCAGUGUGCACCAGUGUGGGAGUUUUUGCAGACUGUUGUCUACAAACUCCCAGGAACUGAAUCUCCUUCUGUAAGACUGCUAUAUUAAGAGGAAAGUUGUCAGACUAAUACAUAUAUCUAAAGCAUUUUACUUGUAUCACUUUGUUCGUGUGCCUCUUUGUUAAACAUACUCUCUAAAAAGUUAUGAGUUUAUAUUAAGGGGAAAGUCAUCUAACUAAUAUAUAUGAAGCAUUGUACUUGUGUCUUAUACUUGUGUAUAUAAUGUAAAUGUUUAAAUCUAAGCUAAUUUAAUUUAUUGAUAUU